GUAUUGGAAUGAGAAGUGAAGCAGGUAAGUGUUUAGCAUUAUUAUCUGAAACUGCUGGUUCUCAUACUCUUAACAACCAAUGGCCACACUUGCUUCCUCUUCACCUACCUUACUCUUCUCUUCAACCUCUUCCAAUCUUCUCCCUCUUUCACAUUCUUCUACUUUCCGCCUUUCUUUCUCUUCUUCUCUUCAAUCCUCCUCUCUCUCUAUUUCCCCUACCUUUCUAUCACACUCUUCUUCUACUUCUAAACGUUUUUCUAAUCAUGCUGCUUCCUUCACCAUCACUGCUACUGCUUCACUCAACAAGAAGAAAGUUCUUAUUAUAAACACUAACAGCGGUGGACAUGCCGUUAUUGGCUUCUACUUUGCAAAAGAGCUUCUUGCUGCUGGUCACUCUGUCACUAUUUUCACUGUUGGUGAUCAAAGUUCCGACAAGAUGAACAAACCUCCUUUUAAUAGAUUCUCAGAAAUUGUGAGUGCUGGAGGCAGCACAGUAUGGGGAAAUCCUGCAGAUGUAGGGAGUGUUGUAGGAGGAGAAGCAUUUGAUGUGGUUUUGGACAACAAUGGCAAGGAUCUUGAUGCUGUGAGGCCUGUGAUAGAUUGGGCAAAGACUGCUGGUGCCAAGCAAUUCUUGUUCAUCAGUAGUGCUGGAAUCUACAAACCGACCGAUGAACCUCCCCAUGUCGAAGGGGAUGUUGUUAAAGCAGAUGCUGGUCAUGUUGGAGUGGAGAAAUACAUUGAAGAAACUUUUGAGAGUUGGGCAGUAUUUAGACCACAAUAUAUGAUAGGCUCUGGAAACAACAAAGACUGUGAAGAGUGGUUCUUUGAUAGGAUUGUUCGGGAUAGACCUGUUCUAAUUCCUGGUUCAGGAUUGCAACUCACUAACAUAUCACAUGUUAGAGACUUAUCUUCAAUGCUAACUCAAGCUGUUGAGAAUCCAGAUGCUGCAAGUAAAGGCAUUUUCAACUGUGUUAGUGACCGUGCAGUGACUCUAAAUGGAAUAGCCAAACUAUGUGCUCAAGCUGCAGGGCGCCCAGUUAACAUUGUGCAUUAUGAUCCUAAAGCAAUUGGAAUUGAUGCAAAAAAAGCUUUCCCUUUUCGUAAUAUGCACUUCUAUGCUGAACCUAGAGCGGCCAAAAGUAAAUUGGGAUGGAGUUCAACCACAAACCUCCCUGAAGAUCUAAAAGAACGGUUUGAGGAGUACAUAAAGAUUGGGAGAGACAAGAAGCCUAUCAAAUUUGAGGUAGAUGAUAAGAUAUUAGAGGCCUUGAAAGUUCCUGUUGCUGUCUGAUCCAUUCAUAUCCAAAAUGAUGAGACUAGAUUGUAAUAUUUCUUGUUAUAUUUAAAUUAUGUGUAUUGAAAAAAGUUACUUUUUUUUUUAAUCAACAAGUAACCUAUUCAACACCAACAACUCACCUACUAUAGAAGUACCUCUGAAUUGAA